AGUACGGACCCACCCCCAUAUGCAAAACUUUUUGGUGAAUUACCCCCACAUACAAAACUAUUCAUAUACUGUGAAGGAUUUCUAAUUUUUCUAUAUUGCUUGGAUCAACUGUAGUGAAGUUAAAGAUGGUUGGAUCUUCUUCACAAGCUCUUAUUGCCAAAAGGCUAGAAGGUAAAGUGGCCAUAAUCACCGGCGGUGCUAGCGGUAUCGGCAAGAGCACAGUAAGACUGUUUGUGCAGCACGGGGCGAAGGUCAUCAUCGCCGAUGUCCAAGACGAACUUGGUCUAUCUCUCUGCAGAGAAUUAAACCAAGAUGAAUCAGUCUCCUAUGUCCACUGUGAUGUCACAAGCGACACAGACGUGAAAAACGUUGUGGAUGUGGCCAUUUCAAAGUAUGGUAAGCUUGACAUCAUGUACAACAAUGCAGGAAUCCCAGGACAAGUGAAUCAAACAAUUGUGGAAGCGGACAACGAGAACUUCAAAAGGGUAUUCGAAGUUAACGUCUACGGAGCUUUCUUGGGAGCCAAACAUGCUGCUAAGGUCAUGAUCCCAGCCAAAAAGGGAGUCAUCCUUUUCACUUCGAGUGUAGCAUCGGAAAACAGCGGCGAGUCCCCUCACUCUUACACGGUGUCGAAGCACGCGGUGGUGGGGCUGAUGAAGAAUCUGUGUGUGGAGCUUGGUCAAUACGGCAUCAGGGUUAACUGUAUAGCUCCAUGUGCAGUUGCAACACCGUUGCUGAGAAAUACUUUGGGAAUGGAAAAAGAUGUGGUGGAGAAAGCGAUUUGUGAAGCGGCAGUACUGAAAGGGGUCGUGCCUGGUACGGAGGACAUGGCGGAGGCUGCUCUGUAUUUGGCUAGUGAUGAGUCCAAGUAUGUGAGCGGCCUAAAUCUUAUGGUUGAUGGGGGUUAUUCCACCACAAAUCCGUCAUUUAGUAUUGUUCUCAGAAAUUUACUGUCUUAGUUUAAGCCAGAGUGUUAAUUUUGUAUUAUUAAAAAAGUCGUUUUCGGUUUUAAUCAACUCUCUCUUUAAUUUGGGUUUUAUUAAUUUCAUAUUCUUCUAUAUGUUCUUACAACUA